GAGAGGCUAGAAGGUUAGGCUAGUGUCAUGAGCAGACGCCGCUGCCAGCCGCCAUCGUGAAACCUGUUUCUAUGACGGCGUAGGUGGCGCUCCGUGCUGUAGGCGAGUCGCAGUAGCCGCAGUCGCAGGCCUAAACGAGUGGAAGCGUGCAUGCCGCUUAGUUAGGUGGUGAGUGAACGUAUACCUUUCUCCUAUGUUUCUGCUUCGCUCACUUCACUCCUGCUUCCCUGAGAUACUUAUUUUCAACGAUUCAACAGUGUCGUGAAUGUGAUGUUUGCAUCUUCCGGAAAAUGCCUGCGAAGAAAGGCAGGACGUGUUUCGUGCCGCUGUGUAAAGGUGGAUACAAGUCGUCUGCUGAAAAGGUUUCGCUGUUCCGUACUCCGACGGAUGCUCGUCGUCAAGAAGAAUGGGCGAGGAACAUAAAACGAGAGGACAAAGUGCUGGACGAGACAAGUGUUGUGUGUUCCCGUCAUUUUGAUGAUCGUUACAUUCAAAGAACUUUCAAGCACGUCAUUAAUGGGCAGCUUGUUGAGAUCGACCGUGACCGACCAGCGCUUAGUGAGGACGCCGUCCCCACGCUAUUCCCCGACGCUCCCUCCUACAUUUCCAAGUGUGUCCCGAAAAAGAGAAAAGAAAGGAAUCUCGCACACAGCUACGCCCCAGCACCGAAACGCAGAGCUGGAAACAAAAACGUGGAAGACGGCGACCCUCAGGUACCCGGGAAUGAAAGCGGCCCGGAGGCAAGAUCGCAUACGUUCAGUGACAUUGCACUCCCUUCUGCGCUCUGCAACAGAGUUGUGCUGACAAAUGACCCAGCAACGUUAUGCUUUGGGUGGCACAGCAGCACUGGGUUAGACAACGUGCAUGUCACUAAGCAUCUUAAGCUCACGCCUUGCACAAAGGAUGCUCGGGCUGAGCGGACGAGUGCGUACCGUUGCUCUGUGUUUUGCCGCAGCGUAAAGGUGGAAGAAGUGUAGGUUACGACAGUUGACGACGCUGUGGCGGCAUUGACAAAGGCUGAUAGCAUGAUACCUUGCCCAGGCUUUGAAAUCCAACCAGUCCACCCAAAGCAGUGCGUUCAGUAUGGUGGCAAGAACUUCGCAAAAAACUGCCUGGGCACCUCAACUGAUGGUAAGCCAUGUUUGCAGUGCAGGUACACCAAGAAGCUGGCACUAAAUAGGUCAUAUCGGCUUAAGAAAAAACCUGGAAUAUCAUGCAAACAGCGAAGUGCUAGGAAAUCUCUUCAAUUGCUGCGGGCCAGAAGAAAGCUGGCAAACGCUGAGAAAAGUGUUGCAGAGCUUCGAGUGACCAAUGAAUCCAUUGCAAGCUCUGUCUUAGAGACAAAGAUCAGCGGGCUUCCACCAAAACAGCGCCUUGCUGUGAAAACUUGCUUUGAAGCAGCCCGCAGGAAGUCAAGCCGUGGCAUGCUGUAUGACAAGCUGUGGAUCUUGGAAUGCAUACUUAUGCGUAUGCAAAGCCCAAAGCUAUAUGAGCAUGUCAGGCGGCACGAGAUAAUGGCACUGCCUAGCAAGACUUGCCUGGAUAAGCAUAUGCCGAGGUUCAAAGGUGCAUUUGGCUUCAAUACUACUGUGCUUGCAGCUCUGCGGGAGAAGACUCUGAACAUGGACAAGUUUAGUCUUCACGGUGGACUUGUGUUUGGCGAAAUCAAGCUUUCAGAAAAUAUCAGUGUGAAACCCUCCGGCGAGCUCACUGGCUUUGUGGACCUUGGUCCAUUUACGGAGGAUAGCACGAGCACAGCAACAAGUGACCAUGGCUUCGUCGUCAUGUUCCAGCCAUUUCAAGGAAAGUGGACACAAAUACUUAGUGUAUUUGCUGCCCGCGGAAAUGUUAAGGCACCUGUGCUAUCAAAAAUUUUGCUGGAAGCCACUAUCUUAGCUGAAAAGGCAGGACUCUUUGUCGAAUUUUGGACCAGUGAUGGUGCUUCGUGGAAUCGCUCCCUCUGGAAGCUAUUUGGCAUCAAAGGUAGGCAUUUCACUUAAUAACAGCGUUUUAUUCACUAACUUUCUUUAGCUAUUAAC